AUGAUAAUGAUAAAGCCGAACCUGAUCGGAGAACUCCAGGAUCCUGUCAAAUCCCUGCACCGAGCAUCUGACCUCAUGGUCGCGUUCACCAACCUGAUGAACAUGUUGGAGGAAUACGGGAUCGAUGGCGGGGAAGUGGUGUUCGAGUUCAGCCUGACCAUCAUAGAGGAUUCGUGGAAGCGCCUGUUCAAGCUGCUGAAGGCGCUGGUAUGGGCGACGACGUCGCUGUCGAGCCUCGGUCCGACAAAUAAAUUCCCGGCCUCGGUCUCCUCACACUCAGGAUUUGAGUCCGCGAAGGCAUCAGCGUCUUCGGACAUCGGGUCAGACAACUCGACCAAGCCCCACUUCGACCCUGAUCGUCCACGAGUGAUCGUUGUCUACGCGAACAAGUGGGUGAUCUCCACCGCUCUGACGCAGGAGCGUAAAGGCGUGUUCUGGCCGGUAAUCUUCACCAGUCGCAGCUUGAAGACAAACGAGCUCAAUUACCAGAUCGUCGAGAAGGAGGUGUUGACUUUGCUAAGAGUCUUGGACGUCUGCCACACCGUGCUGGUCUCCAGGUCGAUCAAGAUCGUGAGGUGCACGAAAGACGAAGAUGAAGUAUUGGGAACGCUCACUGCGAGAAUCACCCCACGAGAAGAGGUUGGCGAAACUCUAGUGGCACUCGCCCCGAAAAAGCGGCCCCGCCAAGUGAAUGCCGCACCCACACCAACGGUCAAGCUGGCCGAAGAGCUGAUCGUCGUGAGCUUCAAUGGAUCUGCGCGGGUGAAGCGUGGUGGAGAGACAUACAUUGCGAUUGUCUGGAAGCUACCCGAAUGGACGAUCCUCACUGCGUCGUCGGUAUACCCCACUGAGAUGACCGUGAACGAAGCCGAAUAUCAUGGGUUGUCCCUGUGCUUGGACCUCCUGGCGGAGCUUGACAGGGGGCGCCUGGCCAUCUGCGGAGAUUUCAACUUAAUGAUUCGUCAGAUGCGCGGCGAGAUUGCAUGCAAGGCACCGGUUCUGCAGCUCCUGCGCAAGAAAACGAUGCGGGGGACUCUCGUCGUGGAGGUAUGCCAACAACGCGUAUCGGUCCAGUGA